GAUCCAACUCUGCUUCUUUCAGAUGAUGAAAUAGAAAAUCGUGCAUUAUGUUUAGUAGAGGACCUUUUAUUACAACAAAGAAAAUCAUUAAAAGAUUUUCCUAAUAUGCCAAUUCCUAUAGCAAUCAAUGAAGACGAAAAUUCGCUAAUAGCCGAAGAGUUAAAUUAUAAUAAAGAAUUACUUGCAGAGUUUGUUAUUC